ACCAUGGGGAAAUGGGUCUACAAAAAAGUUUCAUUCAGAUCAGGCAACCUGCGAGGCCACAUAAUGUUUAUAACUGAGGGCCUUGCAAACACACUACAUCGAGACAAGUGAAGAUGGCGGAUGUAUUGAGUGUUCUUCGUCAGUAUAACAUCCAGAAAAAAGAAAUCGUCGCUAAAGGAGAUGAAGUUAUAUUUGGAGAGUUCUCCUGGCCGAAAAAUGUCAAGACCAACUACAUAAUCUGGGGUACUGGUAAAGAGGGCCAGCCCAAAGAGUACUAUACUUUGGACUCUAUCUUGUUCUUGCUCAACAAUGUGCAUCUCCCGCAUCCAUCCUAUGUGCGAAGAGCUGCAACAGAGAACAUCCCUGUUGUCAGACGACCUGAUCGAAAAGGCUUGCUGUCAUAUCUCAAUGGCGAAAGUUCUACAUCAACAAGUAUUGACAGAAGUGCACCCAUAGAAAUAGGUUUGCAAAGGGCAACACAAGUCAAAAGAGCAGCUGAUGAGGUAUCUUCUGAAGCCAAAAAACCAAGGAUUGAGGAUGAGGAGCGAGUGCGUCUGGAUAAGGAGCGUCUGGCUGCCCGUCUGGAGGGCCACAAAGAGGGCAUCGUCCAGACUGACCAGAUCAGAUCACUGUCCGAGGCCAUGUCAGUGGAGAAAAUCGCAGCCAUUAAAGCCAAGAUUAUGGCCAAGAAACGUUCCACCAUUAAAACUGAUCUGGAUGAUGACACAACCCUGAAGCAGAGGAGCUUUGUGGACGCUGAGGUAGAUGUCACCAGAGAUAUUGUCAGCAGAGAGAGGGUCUGGAGGACCAGGACAACCAUUCUCCAGAGCACUGGAAAGAACUUCUCUAAGAACAUCUUUGCCAUUCUUCAGUCAGUGAAAGCCAGAGAAGAAGGGCGAGCACCAGAGCAGAGACCAGCACAAAACACUACUCAAGUGGACCCGUCCUUAAGGAACAAGCAGCCUGUCCCAGCUGCCUACAACAGAUACGAUCAGGAGCGAUUCAAAGGAAAAGAGGAAACGGAGGGUUUCAAGAUUGAUACCAUGGGCACCUACCACGGCAUGACCCUGAAGUCAGUGACGGAAGGAGCAUCUGCUCGGAAGGCCCAGACCCCAGCACUGCAGCCUGUCCCUCGUCCAGUUUCACAAGCCAGACCUCCACCGAAUCAGAAGAAAGGGUCCCGGACACCCAUUGUCAUCAUCCCCGCCGCCACCACCUCACUCAUCACAAUGCUCAAUGCUAAGGAUCUUCUGCAGGAUCUAAAGUUUGUCACGCCAGAAGAGAAGAAGAAGCAGGGCAUCCAGCGCGACAAUGAGGUUCUGCUUCAGAGACGCAAAGACCAGAUCCAGCCUGGUGGCACAACACUGAGUGUCACUGUGCCGUACCGUAUCAUUGAUCAGCCGCUCAAACUGGCUCCACAGGACUGGGAUCGAGUGGUGGCUGUGUUUGUCCAGGGUCCUGCCUGGCAGUUCAAAGGCUGGCCGUGGCUGCUGCCCGAUGGAUCUCCAGUCGACAUUUUUGCCAAAAUUCGAGCCUUUCAUUUGAAGUAUGAUGAGGCAAAGACAGACCCCAACGUGCAGAAGUGGGAUGUGACCGUCCUGGAGCUGAGCCGCCACAGGCGGCAUCUGGACCGGCCUGUCUUCCUGCGCUUUUGGGAAACCCUCGACAGAUACAUGGUGAAACACAAAUCUCACCUCAGGUUCUGAGCCCAGAUCAGAGCGUCCAUCUCCGACCUUCCAACUCUACUCGGCCCACCUCUUGCAGAGGUAGCCCCUCUCAUCCAAGCUGCCAUCCCAUCUUUCAACAUGAUCCCCAUUAGAAGGGGGACAGAUUAUCCAGUGGACUUCCUCCAACCCUUCCUCGAAGACUUGUAAUGCUGGAUAUGUUGCUCUGGACACUGAGAGGAGAUUUAGGGGAAUUUUGUGUUUUUUGUUGUAAUUGUUUUCUAAUGUUUUCAUGUAGUUAAACAAAAAUACCAAAAUAUGUUUUAUAUAAAAAGGCAUCAAGAAACAACUUAAAUGAGAUAUUUAGCAACAUGAUGGGGUCGGAAGGAGAAGAGGUUUGCAUUUUUGUCAACUCAGAACUGUAAAAACAAAACAGCCACUGAGUUUGAGGAAAGAGACUUCCUAUACACUUAAUAUUUUGGGGGGUGGGGGGUGGUGUGAAUGUACAUAUAUGUUAAAACAUCAGUCAAGCAGUCCGUUCCUAGCUCAGUUUUUGACAGAUCAGCGCAUCUCUUGGUCAUGCAAUGACCUUGUUAAAGUCUUCUUUUUCUUCUUUGUUGGUGUUGUGCUAGAGGAGAGAAACGAUGGAAAGUAUUGCUUUAAGUCAUCACAUGAAAAUAGACAAUAAAGCCUCAGAGGAAAAAAAGAUCUGUGUACUGCCUAUUGUGGAUGAUGAGUGUUCACUCUAUUAAUCAUCUUUUUCUCAGUAGUUUCAUUUACCCCAAAACGUCACAGCUUUACUGUGUCUGUUGCUUUUUGAUCAUUUCCUUACUAAAUUUGUUUGGGAAUUUGCACCACUAAAGUACACCAUCAACUGGCUGCUGCAGUAUUAUGUAAUAUUGUGGACCUGUCUUGUAAAAGGAGCCCUGUGUCAAAAUCUAGUUCUAACACUUCUAGUAUUGUACUUUUUAUAUUAAAAGUAAAAUGGUGCAUUUUGUUAAAUUAAACAUACAAUAGCUGAUAGUUUGGCCACUUGGGGGCAGUUGAAACAAGCUGUCAACACAACAUUGACACGUUAUUACCUUUUUAAGUUAAUAUGGUGAACUUUCUGAAUAAUAUAUAUUCGUUGACGUAUAAUCAGACCAGUUGUGUUUUAAUGUAGCUCACAGUCAUACUUCACAUACUGAGUUUACUUGGGCUUAAAUUAAAGCCAUUUACAAGGUAGGACAGAGGUAAAAUUUACAAAGAAGUUAAGAAAUUGGGAAAAAAUGUUACAAAACUUGACUUUUCAGUCCCGUUUAUUGAUCAACUGAAAUAUACACCUGUGGAAAUCACUCGGCUAUUCAUCUCAAGUCACAUCAGUGCUUUGGCCAACAUAGGCAUCAACAUACUUCUGAAAGACUUGUGUGGCCAUCUUCCAAACAUUCGUUUGCCUCAUUUUGCGGGACGCCCACAGCCAGCGCGCCUAGAUUUUCCCAUUCUGCUGCUCAAAGAUUAAUGGAGAAAAAAAGCUUUUAAAGGCUAAAAAAAAAAAAUUAAACCUGACAGCAUUUUGCAGUAAUGUCAGGAUGAACUUUUGAUAUAUUAACUUUUGCUGAAAUGGAACAUGUACUCUCUAUCAUGUGAAGCAAAUGUAGGCUUGCUGCAAGGCUUUUGUAGCAAAUCCUGACUGGGUGUCCUGGUUACAGUCUAAGUGUUGAAACCCCAGUAACUAUUCUCCAGCUGUAAUGCCAGAUGAAGUCUGUAGGGGAUGUUCCAUAAAUGAAGAGUAAUGAGCACUUUAUCAGCACUGCUCAGUCCACACAGUGGGUGAUUAAGUAGCUACUUCUAAGGCUUCUGGCUGAAUUGAGAAAAAGCGUCAAAUAGGAGGAAUCUGGAGGCAAUUUGCACAAAUUGAAAGGAGCAAAAUGAAAUAUCUCAAGAUAUUAUGAUUUAUGUUUUCUUGAGCUAAACCAGACAGAUGAAUUUCAUUAUGUCAACAAGGCCUUUAUUCCCCACACUGGCACAACACAGUGUCUUUUAUAUCCUCCUUCAGCUCACUCGUUUUCAGUUCACUGCAUUGGAAGGGAUAGAUUGUAUAAGUUGUGAGAAGAAAGAUGUAAUGUGGCAAGACACAGAUGUGAAGUUGAAUAAAGUUUCAAUUUGAAAUAAAAUAUUAUAAAAUCAUUAUAACUGUCAUAAAAUGUUAUAAUGAAAAGAUCAGUCCCUUCAGGGGCACCUGGUGAUGUGUGGCCUAGGGCACCAACAUGUCUGUUAAUGUGUUUCGUCCAAUGUUGUUGUGUUUUAGCCCUCAGGGCCACCGUAGGACAAAUUCCAUUGUAUGCAUUUUUAUAUUCAUAAGUCAGAGAAACAUUUCUCGGCCUCCGCCUGACUGCAGCUCUGCAACUUACAGGUGUUAAAAUGUGGCUCCAAUUACAGUAACACUUGUUAAUAUACAUUAAGACAUUUUCACUGGGGGUGAAAAAUUAAAAGAUGUCACAAACAAGCA